CUGGCGCUCCCAGCGCAGCGCGGCUGCUUUGGGGCUGCUGCUCCCUGCCCGGCCCCGGCCAUGGGGCGAGGGGCGGCAGCUGGGGCCCUGCUGGUGGCACUGGUGGUGCUGGGAGCCCCCCCGGCUGCGGGCGCGGAGGUCUCGGGGGUGUUUCAGCUCAUGUUUAAGUGCGAGUGUUACUUCAUUAACGGCACGGAAACGGUAAGGUUCGUGGAGAGGUACAUCUACAACCGGGAGCACUUCGUGAUGUUCGACAGCGACGUGGGGCUGCACGUGGGGUUCACCCCCUAUGGGGAGAGGUUUGCCAGGAAGAUGAACAGCGACCCGGCUAGACUGGAGUACGCACGGACUGCGCUGGACUGGUACUGCCGGUACAACUACGACUAUUACACCCCGAUCACCGUGGAGCGCCGAGUGUCCCCCAGCGUGUCCAUCUCGCUGGUGCCCCCCUCGAGCUCCCAGCCCGGCCCCGGCCGCCUGCUCUGCUCCGUGAUGGAUUUCUACCCUGCUGCCAUCCAGGUGAGGUGGUUCCAGGGCCAGCAGGAGCUCUCGGAGCACGUGGUGGCCACCGACGUAGUCCCCAACGGGGACUGGACCUACCAGCUGCUGGUGCUGCUGGAAACGCCGCCCCGGCGCGGGCUCAGCUACAGCUGCCAGGUGGAGCACGUCAGCCUGGAGCAGCCCCUGAGGCGGCACUGGGAGAUGCCGCCGGACGCCGCCCGCAGCAAGAUGCUGACGGGCAUCGGGGGCUUCGUCUUUGGCUUCGUCUUCCUGGCGCUGGGGCUCGGCUUCUCCCUGCGCAAGAAGAGCUCCUGAGCCGGCGGCGGCCGCAGCCCCUCCCCGUGGGCUCGGGCCCGGCCGGGACCCCCCGCUCCGUCCCCGCUCCGC